ACUUAAUCUACAAUGGCUCGUACCAAGCAGACUGCUCGUAAAUCCACUGGAGGAAAAGCUCCUCGUAAGCAGUUGGCCACAAAAGCAGCCCGUAAAAGUGCCCCGGCUACUGGAGGAGUAAAGAAGCCUCAUCGUUAUCGUCCAGGAACAGUGGCUCUGCGUGAAAUCCGUCGUUAUCAAAAAUCGACUGAGCUUCUGAUCCGCAAACUUCCGUUCCAGCGUUUGGUUCGUGAAAUCGCUCAGGAUUUCAAGACUGAUCUUCGUUUCCAGAGCUCGGCUGUUAUGGCUCUGCAGGAAGCUAGUGAAGCCUAUCUAGUCGGUCUCUUUGAAGAUACCAAUCUAUGUGCCAUCCACGCCAAGCGUGUGACCAUCAUGCCCAAGGACAUCCAAUUGGCUCGCCGUAUCCGUGGUGAACGCGCCUAAGUUGGCUAUCGGCUUUCGUUUGAUCUCACACUACACAACAAACGGCCCUUCUCAGGGCCACAAACGAUUUGAAUGAAGACGUCGAUAUUGUUUUUCCAACUUCUUCGCGGUCUGUUACGGUAAAUCUGAUAUUCUGAUAUCACGAUAUUCAUUGAUGUUACCUACCUA